AUGUGUACCACCCUCCUCCUGCUCAGCACCUUGGCCAUGCUCUGGCGUCGUCGAUUUGCCAACCGUGUCCAACCAGAGCCCAGUGGUGUGGAUGGGGCAGUUAUGGGCAGCAGCUUGGACACAGACCUCCAGUCCUCAGUCAGGGAGAAAGAGCCUCUGAAGUAAGCCCUCACCUUUGCAGGGGGGCUCAGCCCCAGAGACUGGGAUCAGCUGGCCCAGGCAGCUCAGGUCCUGGUUUGUCCCCUAGCCCAGGAGGAUGCUGUGGGAGCCGAAGCAGCAGCAAGAGAAGAACGGGAAAGCAUCAGUGAGAAGUCCCCAGAGCUCAUCCUGGCACUGGCUGCUCUGCUGAAAUUUUCAAUAAGAAAUGCCAGUUGGAUCUGUGACACGCCUGCCUGCAGCUGGAGGGAAGCAACCAACAGCUUGUCCUCUGAAUGUGUUUUCUGUGUUCGCGCGCAUGUGUUCCAAAUGGGCAGUAGCAUGUGGGAAGGGAAAAAGCAUGACACUUGUUUUUGUCAAUUUGCUGACUGCUCAGUCACGGCGGCUGCCUCCUUUGCCCCCAGCUGCUCUGCCAUUUCUCUGUCUUUACAACCCUGCCCGAUCUUGAGCAGAGAUAAAAGCAGAUUUCCGCUUCUGCUCCCGAGAUCCAGGCGCAGACCCUGCAGGCAGCUGCUCCCGACUGUCUCACAGCCAUUAAUCUUCAAAAGCUCCCCCCUUGCCUUCGCAUCUCUCCUCCCCAUCCAGCCCCCCACUGCCAGGCCCAGCUGCGAUGUCUCUCUGCCUGGCUGGCCCCUGCCCUUGACUUUCAGGCAGUAGGAGACGGAGGAGUUCUCUAGACAGCAGCACUUCAGCCGCCGCUCCACAUCUGAAGGAAGGAAGGAAAAGGGUGAGAGCUGCAGCAGAUGAGAGGGAACCCACUCGGAAGCCACUCAGAAGGAUGGGGGAGGUGGCACAGCCUCCUGGGGAGGGGCUGCUGGUACUGCAGGGAGCCUGGGGUGUGUGCAGAGGCAGUUCUGUGGGAGCCUCUCAAAGUAGGGCAGGGAGGAGGCAGGGGGAGGUCACACUAGGGCAAGGAGCCCAUCGAAGCCGGAAUGCCCACCUGACCCAGGCCAUGAGCCUGUGACCACCUGUCUCAGCUCCUGUCAGCCUGUCUUUGUCCUGGGAGGCAUCAGCCUUCCUGGUGACAGGACUGUCAGGCUGAGGACCAGAGGGCCCUGUUCCAGGGACCUCGUCUGUGUUCCCUGAUCCUGUCUUUGCAUUCAUCCUCUGGUCUACUUGUCAUGCUCCUGUCACCUCAUCCUUGCCGCCAUUUCCAGGUUGCCCAUCUCCUUCCACUGGUCUGAGGAUUCGUCAGGCCAAGGUCAUGGAGCUGGCACAGGGCCCAGACACACUUCCACAAGGCGGUGCCCUUUGCAGCACCGUUCUAAGAACCUGUGCAGGAGAUGGUGGCUCCUCCAGGUGUCCGUUCCAGAUGAAGGGUGGGGAGGAGAGAGGAAGGGGCUGCUGGACGGGGGGGAAUGUGGCUGCCGGGGCUUGGAGGUUGCCUGGGCCCUGGCAGCUGGGCUGCCAUGUGGGCUGGGAGGGGGGGCUCUCUCCCCAGGGAGCAGGCUGGCUUUGGUGGGAGCAGAUUGUGUUUACACCUUCCCCGCACACCCAGCCCACGCUCGCCUCUUAUUCCCGGGGCCUCUCCCACCCUGGGCUCUUCGCGCAAUCUGCACAUUUGCAGCUACUGCUGCAGAAAGUUGCUUCCCUCAGCCUAGGACUCCACUACAGAAGGCUCCCAGGACCCAGGCGUCCCUUCCUCAGCCCACUUGCUCCUGUCACAGGGGUUGCAGUGAAGCCUGUGGCAAGGGUGGACCUUUGAGUAGAGGAGUCACUUAAAUCCUGACUAUGACACUGUC